UGCCAAUAAAAAUGUUGAGAGCGCUGGAGGGAGGAAGGGAGGGGAGUUUGUUUGGACGGGAGCCCAGGACGGCCUCCUCAGCGCUAGAUGGGGCGGAGCAGCACACAUGCGCUGAGCUGGCAGAGUCACAGUCAGUCAGGGCUGAUCCCUCCGCCCGCUGCGCCCGAGGAGAGGAGAGGAGACACGGACAGGCUCGAGUCCGGGGUACUGGAGACCCACCUCAUCACACACUGUAUCCAAGGACAACAUUAAGGCCCCAGGACUGGAAACGACCAGAGGAAAUCGCGAACCCGACACGGAGACACCAUCCGGACACGAAGCUGAAAAGGGAGACGUCUCCUCUCCAUCGCCGUUUGCGCACGACCACCCAUUAAAAACCCCUCUGGACCAGCGCCGCCAGCAAGCGAUGCACCUUGAUGCCAAGACAACGAUCACUCCGAUCGGUUUCUGUUUGUUUUUUUAGCGCAUCGUUCUUAAGCAGUCAUUCCAGAGUCGAUAAUAACAGUACGGACACUGUGUUGACACACACACACACACACAUGCAUUUAACGGGUUUCUUCUUCAUGAGAAUAUCCUCAUGGCCUGAAACUGACAUAAACUACUAAAUCCGUCGCAUUCACUCUGGAUUGACGCCUUUUUAUCCUCGCAAGUCUUGAGUUUUCUGCUCUUCCGAACACUGUCAUGCGUGUCCAGACAACAGUCUGAUGCUCUCAGACAGCAGUAGAUUAUUCAGCCACUGGUGACAGUGUUUUACAGGUCCUUUUGCAUAAUCUGCCGGGCCUUGCUUAAAAACUGACUCCUUAUUUUGCAAUCCAAGGGAAUUGGAGCAAACAUCCCCUCUGGAAAGUUUAAGGUGGAGACCAGUGCUGGGCCAUAACACAUCCAGGAGGUUUUACAGAAGGUUGCAGGCUCUGGACUGCAUGCCGUCAUGCUGUCCUUAGACGAGCCACUGGACCUGAAGGUGCCGAGGGGGCGGGUCAGUGGGCGGGACAGAGUCGCCAGGUCUCCGCCCACUCUCACUCCCUCUCCCAUUCACGCUAAGGGGGCGGGGCAGCUGCGGAUGGCAGACGACGGGACCGCAGUCAUCGUUCCAGCGUCUCCUGCCUCUCCACACACAGGUGUCCUGCAGGAUAAAUUGGAGACCCCCACACCGCCCGCUGUGGACCUCAGCAUGUCCCCGUCCUCCAGAAACACCGCCUGCUCUCCGGAUCUCUCCAAUGGAAACGGCUCAGCUCCCGUUUUCCCCGGGGACUUGGCUCAUAUCCGUUACGUGGAGGGAGGGGUGACGUCUCAAGCGUUCCAGUUCUUCGUGCCAAUUGGAGGAGGUGGAGGGCUUCACCUGCCUUCCUCGAUGUUCAUUCGGCAGCCCAAGGACACACGAGCUUCUCCAGACCUCUCCGCAGAUGAACAGCUGGCCUGUCGCUGGAGGAAGUGCCACCUACUUUUUGACUCCUUGCAAGACCUGGUGGAUCACGUCAAUGACUUCCAUGUAAAGCCUGAGAAGGAAUCUGGGUACUGUUGCCUCUGGGAGGGAUGUGCACGCAAAGGACGGGGAUUCAAUGCCAGGUACAAGAUGCUGAUACACAUCCGUACUCACACCAAUGAGAAACCUCACCGCUGUCCCACCUGCAACAAGAGCUUUUCCCGCCUGGAGAACCUCAAGAUUCACAACCGCUCGCACACAGGAGAGAAGCCAUACAUCUGUCCCUACGAGGGCUGCAACAAGCGGUACUCCAAUUCCAGUGACCGGUUCAAACACACGCGUACGCACUAUGUGGACAAGCCCUACUACUGCAAGAUGGUGGGCUGCUUGAAACGCUACACAGACCCCAGCUCCCUGAGGAAGCAUAUUAAGGCUCACGGGCACUUUGUCGUCCAGGAUCAGGGAGGUCCGGGUGGGGUGGGCUCUCUGAUGAAGCCGGGGCAGAUUGCAGGGUCAGGGAAAGAAUCUGAGCUGACUUACGUCAGUGGGGCCCACAUCAUCAUUCCUGGUGCUGCCGCUGCUCUCCUGGGCGGUCACGGUCUGCAGGGUCUUGGAGGCUCCCUCCCCUUCUCCCCCCUCAGUCCCCACCCCUUGGACUUGAGCACACUGGGCUGCCCAAGCUCCCCUCCAGCUGGGCUUGGGAAGACCUCCAUCCUGUCCUUCAGUGGUUCCCCGCUUGGCCUGGCCAAGUCAACCUUGCUGUCUCAUACCUUCUCAUCUUCCACAUUGGGGUUGCCCAUGGUGCCUAUUUUGGGCUCGGAGCGCAGGGACCAUGGCAAGGGCAAGGCCAGAGGUGAGGACGAGAUCCACGGCAGAGUGCUCAACUUGUCUACGGGGGCAUCCCACGACCCCCUGUCUUGGGUUGUCAUCCCUUCUGGCCCGGUGGUGCUGAAGCCAGCUGUGGUCAACUGAGCGCCACAUUCCAGAGGAACGGCAGGGGAAGCGUGGGGGUGGAACAGGGGUCAGAGGUCAGAGGCAAGCCUAUGGGGGGUUUUCUCAAAGCAAAUGCGGUUCUGCUUGGAGGUGACACCAUCUUCAACUUUUAGCGCUACUUCAGUUCUAAUUUGUACCUUAUGGUCAGACACAGCUACCUGUUUCUUGUGGUAAUAGGGAUGGUAUCUUGAAGUGAAAUUAUCGUAACAAUCUAGAAAGUGGCCAAACACUCACCUCCAUUCCAUUCUCUUUCUUUCUGGCUUAUCUUAUUACCAGGGUUAUCCAAUCUUGCUCCUGGAGAGUUUAGCUCCAACUUGCUCCUAUACACCUGCUUGAAAGUUUUGAGUAAUCCUGAAAGAGCUUGAUUAAUUGUGUUUAAUUAGGGUUGGGGCUAAAGUAGUGGUGGGCAAAUCCCUGCACUUUCCUGCAGUUUAGUUACAACCCUCACUAAACACAAACUAAACUAAUCAAAGUCUAUAAGAUUACUAGAUGAAUUACAGCCAGGUGAGCUUGUUGGAUGUAAACUCUGCAGGACAGUGGACCUUGAGGGCCAGGGUUGCCCUUCCCUGGUCUAAACUCUGAAGAAAGGUGGCCCUCCAGAAGCAGGAUUGGAACCUAAGUCUUAUACGCUUUGUUUUCUGUUUUAUGAGAGCACUGAUCUAAACGGCAGACUUCAGAAUCUGUGCCCUUGCUUCAAGAGACAAAUGUAUUUAUGCGUAAGAGAAACUUUUGGACGACAGUGUACGCAACACACUAAAGACACAAAUGUAUGCUAUUAUUCUUCAGGAACUGACCUUCAAGCCAUUCCGUGCGUUAUGAAAAGACCUCCGAGCGUAGCGAGCUAGAGAUCUUUUAGGCUAAAUCGCAUGGGCUUGGUCAGGUUUGCAGCUCGUUUACUUGCCGUCAAUCAACAUCUGUUGUACCCUUUAGACCAGUAGUGUCCAGUUCUGGCCCUGAUAUGCCACUUUUCUGCAGAGCUCAGCUCCUACACACAAGUUUCUAGUGAUCCUGAAGACCUUGAGUAGCUGGUACAGGUGUGUUUACUUAGGGCUAGAGCUAAACUUUCCCGGACGGUGGCCCUUUAGGAGCAGGAAUGGACACCACUGCUUCAGACUGUCCCGAGUCCCACCUCGGUCAGCGGGUACCCUCUGCAUCCCUUGCAAGUGAACUUCCUUAGCUCAAUGCUAUUGCAAGCUAUAUGAAAAACCUUGCAUUUGCUGCUAGCUGUGUCACUGCAAUGUAAGCAUACGUCUUUGAAUAAAAAUAGACAAAGUAUGAACGACAAUCUGUCCUCUGAGGAGGAGGAAAUAGAAACCUUGACUAGCUCUAUUUUGUUGAAUAAGAGAUUUACAGACACAAGGCUCAGACUGACUGAGUUUUAAGUCAUACAAGGGCACAAACUCACCAAGCGGUCAUGCUAAUGCCCCAUAGGACAUGGCACUGUUGUAAAUAGUGCCAUCUUAUGGUCAUCACUUGUACUGCACACUACUAGCUGAACCAAGGGCCAGAUUUAAAAGUUAUUGUCCUGCUUUGCCGUAUACUAGCACGGCAGGGUAAAACAAAGGACCUUUGGCUGAUGCAUAAUAGUGGAAUGUUAAAAAUAACCGUUAUCCACAACCCAGUGGCAAUGCUGACACUUGCAAUACACCAGUUUAAGUGUACUUCAACGAUUAAGGGCCUAGUUCGCUUAAAAUAACUUUCACAGUUUGCCCCAUGUUAAAUCACUGCGCUAAAAAUCUAAUCGUAAACCCAGAGAUUAAAGUAGGGACUUAAUAAUAAAGUGUAGAAAGCACUAUUCAGGUGGCCAAAA